UACGUCCACAUGGAGCAAUAUUAAUCAAGCUAUACUUUCGCAUUGUGCACCCCUCAUUUCCUAUUAUUCAUAAAAACGUUUUCCUAGAAAAGUACAAUCGGACAUAUCGUGAGAUUACUGCGCAUCUUCUUGCCGCCGUUUAUGCGCUGGCUGUUUGCUGGUGGUCGUACGAUCCAGAACUUCUACUCCAGGAAAAGAUCAAUGAAGCUGCAUUGGUCAGGAUUGCCCAUCAUGCUGUGCAGGAUGCUAUGCAUCGGCCUCGCCUUAAUACCAUACAAGCUGGUCUUCUGCUCUUGCAACGCCAUCGCAAUCCACUGUUUACAGAUAACUCAUGGAUGUGGUCUUUCACCUCUUCACUCAUGGGACUGGGUCAACAUCUUGGGCUCCAUUUAGAUUGCUCACACUGGGAUAUCCCAGAGUGGGAGAAAGGUCUGCGGAAACGACUGGCCUGGGCUUUAUUUAUUCAGGAUACAUUCUCGGCAUUGGUUCUCGGGCGACCAUGCAUGAUUUCAGAAACCUCCGAUUGGAUUGUGAAACCACUUGAGACUACCGAUUUCUCCGAAGGUGCUGGGGACGAGGAGUCGGGUGAGGAGGUUGGCAGUGUAAGCAUUGAGAACGGAAAAUUGUUGUUCAUGGAGCUCGUGAACUUGAGUCGUAUUGCUUCCCGCAUGCUGCGGGAGCUCUAUUCUGUGAAAUCUCUAGCAGAAGUGCUUGAGCCCCAAGAAGUACUUACUAUUGCCAAGUCAUUGGGGACUGACCUCGCGCAACUAUUGCGAAAUCUCCCGGAAGAAUUGGGUCUAGAAAAUAUACAACCCGGGAAGCUAUGCAUGAAUGGAUUUCUUCACCUCGCGCUGCAUGCGACAACCGCAGCACUACAUCGACGUUUGCUGUGGUCGAUACAGCAAUCAAAGUCUAAAGUUGAUCCGCAAUUUGUUCAAUUCAUCCGCGGAAUGCUUCGAACACGAGCACGUACCCUAGUUCAAUUUAUUUCGCAUCUGCGUCCCGAGCAUAUGGAAUCAUUCUGGUUCUUUGCCGCAGGUGGAUGUGCAACAAUUCUCGGCGGAUUUCUAGGCCUUCUUCGCACUACAAGCGUCAGCAUGGAAGAAUCGGAGGAUCUGCAAAAUCUGAUGAAAGAGUUUGAGUGGCAGCUUCGUAUGAAAGCGAAAAUGAGCGACUGGGUAUCUUAUACUCAUACUAGACUUCGAGUGCUGGGGUGGGAUGAUUGGAAGAACUCCAAGAUUUCAUUUCCAGAGCUGCAUUCGGAAAGAGUAAAUCUCACAAACACAGCAAAUAUUGAUCCGUCUGUUGAAAUAAACGAAAACGUCGCCUUCUCGCCAUUGUCAAUCCAGCAGUUUUCCGCGACGUCCAUUGACCUGGAUAACAUCAUGUCAUGGACGUUUUCAAAUUCCACCGGUCCCAGCUAUGAUUUAAUGCCUCCAUAAACGAAGAGGUGGCUCUCAACCUAUCUCAUAUGUUCCAAACCUCAGUUUUCAAAGAUGCAGGUGUAAGCUAUCUAGCCAUGUAAUGAUCUUUCAAAGAUUCUAUAUACAAUAUUUAGCUCAGCAGUGC